AUGAUUUCUGCAAAGGUUUUGCUGGCCUUUGGCCUGGUCGCUGUGUCGGCGGGGCCUUGUAAGCCUGUUACAACCUCGUUGGCUGUGAGCUCGGAUACAAGCAUUCCUGUUGAUUCCACCACUUUGGCCGGAAGCACCGAAUCUACUGCUGUGACCGUCACUGAGACUGAGUCUGGGACCGCCACUACUGCUACAUCGGAUGCGACGUUGACCUCUGAUCUGACGACUCUCUUGACUGCUACCAGCGACCUGACAACCCUCACCACUGAAGCAGCCACGACAACAAACGAAAAGACUACGACCACAGAAGACGCUUCAACCACCGAAGAAGCUACAACUACAGAGGCAGCUACUACCACGACCGCCGAGCUCCCCGACUCAACCCAAUUCAACAUCUACCCCAACCAAGGCGUAUCCGCCACCGGCCCCCUCAAAGUCCGAAUCCAGCCUGGCGGCUCCGUCUACUUCAACAACCCCUCCAGCGACUACACAACCGGCACAUUCGUCGUCAACUCCCGCGGCAAGCUCGUCAACGGAAACCAGCUCAUGUGCGCAUUCUUCAGAACCGGCCAACAAUACGGCGACAUCGUUGGCUGUCCACCUGCCGACGAGGCGGAUGCUCGCUACGUGCCUAUCGAUUGUGAGCUCGGCGCUUCGGGAGAGUUGAAUUGUUCGGUCCAGGGCAAGUUUUGUUAUUAUAAUCCGGAGAUCACGUGUGAUGCGAGGGGAUUGUAUCCUUAUUUUUAUCUUGAGAGUGCUGGGUCUUCUGGAUAUGGGCUUAUUUUGGGAUCGAAUGGGCUUAAUCUUACACCGGUUGAGCUUGCGGCUCAGCCUGAGCCAACGGAGCCUUAG